UCCCCAAAACCCUCCAUAAACCCUAGAGGAAUUUGCAGUUCACAUCUUCUGCAUCAAUCUAUACGAAAAUGGCUCAUCGCAUUGUUCGCGGAUUGCGAGGGGCCGUGAGAACUCUUGUCUUUCACCAAUUCCCAAAACCCCUCAACCAAUUUCUCACAUCUUCAACCAGAAAUUACGCCACCGAUAUGCGAAAAUCGGCGUUUGAGGGCAACAUAGUUCGCCUCAUUCGGAACGAAAUCCAGUACGAGCUUGAUCACUCCCCGCCCUCUGAGCCUAUACCAGAAUUCAAUUCAUUCAAGGUUGACGAACGAUCAGGGGAGCAGUGGAUUCGAUUAAGCAGGAAAUUCGGAGAAGAUGAGGAGAUCAAAAUAGAGGUGACUAUGUUUGAUGGAUCUGUUCCCAUGAAUAUGCAUGAUGAUAAGGAGGACAUGAAGCUUCAUGUUACUUUGAUAGUUGAUAUCGCGAAGGGGGAAGAUAGCGACAUAUUGGAGUUUGUUUGCUCUGGAUGGCCAGAUGGUAUAGAGAUACGCAACGUAUUCACCCGUGGGCACGAUAGAAUAAAAAAUCAGCCUUACAUGGGACCCAAAUUCAAGGAAUUGGAUGACGAGCUUCAGGAUUCACUCUAUGAUUUCUUGGAGGCAAGGGGUAUAGACGAUAAGCUGGCUGAGUUCUUGCAUGCCUAUAUGAGGUACAAAGAUAAAAAUGAGUACUUACGCUGGAUGGAAAGCAUGAAAACUUAUAUUCAGAAGAAAUAGAUAAAAAGAGGAGUCGUUUCUUUUCAGUAUUGAUAUAUCUGUCUUAUAUCGAUGCCCUGAUGCCUUGUCGUUGUACUACUAUUAAGUUGUAAAACUGACUGUAGAUGGGGAGAUUUUUGCACAGUAUUGUUUAGGAUACUAGUUUAGAUUGUUUGAUCACUCAUUAGUGGCAUCGUUUAAUGUUAGAUGAAGCUAAGAAAGAAACGGUUUUUUUUAAAAAAAAUUGAUCAAUACUGGUUUUUGAUUUACCUUUAAAAAUGGAGAAACGAGGAGGUUCUGAAA